UACGUUGGAGGGGCAGCGAGCUGGCAGGAAGGAGAAGAUGUUAUUGGAGCGCCAGGAAUCAAUCAGCACGGACCUGAGACUACAGUUUGAGGCAACAUGAAAUAGGGACACAUGCGGAUGGUUUUACAUUGGAGAUCGGGCUCUGCUGUUGUUUAGCCACGGGAUUUAAUUUUAAUACGUGGGCGCCGAUUGAGCUGCACAUAACCUGCAUUCAUCGCCUCAAGCCAAGACUCGGUGAUAGCAGGAUAAGCUAGCUGGCCAGCUAGGUCGAUUUUUUCCCCAAUUCUGCACAGAGGCUAGCUAGUGGAGAUCAUUCUGGUGUUUCCGAGGCACUGACAGAUGCGCGACUUCGCGGGGAGCCGGCUGCUUCGAUCCGCGGAGGUCUGAAUUCCCGGGAGAGAUCGAGAGGGUGUCGUCCUGGGGUCAGGGGAAGAUGCUGGGUUCCGAGAGAGGAGUGGUGGAGGAAUGGCUUUCAGAAUUCAAGGCAUUACCUGAGACCCAGGUACCCAGCUACGCCGCCAGCCUGCACCUGAAGAAGUCCCUGGUGCCGGCGCUCUACAGGGUCGUUCAGGACCCGGGAAACGAGCUGCUGGAGCCGGUGUGCCACCAGCUGUUCGAGCUCUACCGCAGCGCCGAGGAGCCGCUCCGCCGGUUCACCCUGCAGUUCCUGCCCGAGCUUGUCUGGGUGUACCUGCGCCUCACCGCCAGCAGGGACCGCCAGAGCAACGGCUGCAUCGAGGCCCUGCUGCUGGGCAUCUACAACCUGGAAAUCGUUGACAAAGACGGAAAUGGCAAGACGCUGUCCUUCACGAUCCCCUCCCUCUCCAAGCCUUCCGUCUAUCACGAGCCGUCAAGCCUGGGCUCCAUGGCGCUGACGGAGGGGGCGCUCAGCCACCACGACCUCAUCCGGGUGGUGUACAGCGGCCUCCACCCUCAGAGAGAGACCUUCACCGCCCAGAACAGGUUCGAGGUGCUGUGCUUCCUGAUGCUGUGCUACAACUCCGCCGUGGUCUACAUGCCCGCCUCCUCCCACCAGGCAGCCUGCAGGAUGAGCUCACGGCUGUGCGUGUGCGGGUUCCCGCGGCAGCAGCAGAAGCCGUGGAGGGAGCCCUGUAAUCGGGUGGUGCUGGACCCCGAGUUCAUGGUGCAGAUGCUGACGGCCGUCUACCACGCCACAUACAACGGAGAGUGGGACCUUGGGCGCGAGGCCUUGGAGGACAUCCUGUACCGGGCCCAGCUGGAGCUGUACUCCCAGCCGCUUCUGGUGGCGAACGCCAUGAAGAGCUCCCUGCCCUCCAGCGCCCCCGACGGAUCGCGCGGGCGGAAGAUCCUGCAGGUGGAGGUGACCCCCACGGUCAGCCGGAUCUCCCGCUCCGCCAUCACCGCCGCGUCCAUCCGGCGCCACCGCUGGAAGAGAGAGGAUUGUUUUGACCAGUCAAGCGAAGCAGAGCUGAGCGCCGUCGUCACGCCCGGCGGCCACGCCCCCUCGGAACCUUCGGCCGCCACCGAGCGAAGAGGGAGGGGCCAGCUCGGCCUGCCCCUGGCCGCGCCCAAGGACACUGACGGGAUGAGCGGGGGCGAGGACUCCUUCAACCUGAACGACCCGGACGAGGGCUUCUCCUCGGGCGCGUCCAACAGCAGCCAGCCCAGCGGGGCCAAGCCGGGCGGGGCCGGGGGCGGGGGUCGCGGCGGCCUGCGGCCGGCGAGCCUGAAGAAGGGCCUGGUGGCACGCCUCUCCCGGGAGCGGGACCGGGACAGGGACGGGGCGGCGUCGGCCCGGCGCGGGCGGGACCUCUCGGCCGACCCCCAGGCGGUGCUGCGGCGGCACCACCAGCGGCAGCAGUCCCCGCCGCCCCUGCCCCCGCCCCCGCCCACCGUCACGCUGGACGCCGUGGAGCUGAGCCCCAUGAAGAAGCGGCUGAGCUUCCCCGCCGGCCAGUCGCUGGUCAGGACUUCCAGCGCCUCCUCCAGCCGCUCCUUCGACUGCAUGAACGUGAGCCUGAACGGGGGCCAGGCGGGGGGAGGCUCCCAGGAGACCGCGCUGGGCGGCGGGGGGCUGAGCGUGGGCGGGGCCCACCGCUUCUCCACCGUCAGCCUGCAGGAGGAGCGCCUGGCCCGGCCCGAGGAGGCCCAGGCCCUGCUGGUGCCGGGGACGCCCCUCACCAAACAGUCCCGCUCGCCCAGCUUCAACAUGCAGAUCAUAUCGCAGGUGUAGACGGGAUCGGGGGGGGGGGGGGGAUGGUGCCCAAUGACACCCCUCCUGCCCGGCUCCUCCCCCCCCCCCCCCCCCCAUCGGCAGCGGAGCCGGAGGAGGAGGCCCCGCCCCCUUCGCCCUCGGCCACCGGACUCGAGGGCGGAGUUUAACGCCGCUCCCUCUCAGGAGGAGGGCCCGAGCCCCAUGGAGGUGCUGUGAGUGACAGGCCACAAUAAGAUGGUUUCCCUCUCUCUGAACACAUCGUGGGGGCGGGGCCAUCGGCCCAACGGUAAAUGUGUACAGAACUGCAAAGGCCGUCGACGGUACGGGUUUGCAUCAGAGUGUACCGGCCUCACACCGGCCAGUCUGCAGGACUCCUGUUCUCCCAGCAUCCUCUCUGACCAAACGGAGCAUUCCAAGUCCUCUCUCUUUGUGGGGGGGCGUACAAAAAUCCACACGAAAGAAAAUGAGCAGGGAGGAAGAUAAAAAUCAAUCCUAAGUUAUGAUUAUCCGUUGUGAGAAAAAUUUAAUGUCGUGGGUCUGAUAUAAUUUAUCUUGAGAUUCAGAUAGUCUACGUUUUGUAUUGAAUCAGCAAUAAGACUACCGUCGUUUGUGAGAAAAGAGUGGGUCGUUGUAGUUUGUCACGCCUUCUUGUUUAUCCUUGGGUGAUGUGCAAUCAAGAUUCUGAUUACUGGUUUUUUUAUUUUCGGUAUAUAUUUGUAUGGGUAUGCUCUUUCCGUCUUGUCUGCUUAAAGAAUGACUUUCCCAAAGACGCUGCUGUUUUUCCUCGAAUCUCUCGAAUGAUUUUAAAACAAACUGAGACACGCUGGUGUCGACUGUUCCUCUGUAAACUUGGAUUUAUUUUUCAUAACGUACUGUACACAGUUUUACUUACCCGAGGUUGUUUUCGUUUAAAUAAAUGUCGUUGUGACUGAAGCCCUAAAGCAAAACGAGGAAGCUAUGACCGGACUAGAACUUUUGCCUGCUUUAUGAUUUAGAAUCUUCUGGAAUGAGAACCACGGCACCAACGUGGUGGUCCAGAAUUUUGAAGAUUUCUUAUAUUUUUUGUGCUGCUGUACGAAUAUUAAAGAGAACAGGGAACUGAAAAGAUGCAUCUCGAGAUCUGUGAAGACGAUUCGGGUGGGAAUGAGGAGGCAAGAUCGAACUGUCUUGCCUGAAAUAGAAACGCGCAACUGUCAGGAGCCGAAACCUUACGUUGUAAUUUGACGCAAAGUGUAUAGAUGUGAGUGGUAAUGACUGCAGAACAAACCCCUGCGGAUCCACUGUCUGUGCUGAUUUUCAUUCAGACUGCAGUUAGCCAGGUCCUACCUGCUGACCUAGAGUAGGAGGUCACUAUUGACCGUGAGCUAUAACACGUUCUAUGUGUGUAGCAUGUCUAUUCAAAGACCAGUCGAUCACGUCAGUGCCGCAGUAAAAUGUGAUUUUCCCUUUGGGCGUUCUUUCUGAAAGAGCUGGAACACUUGAUUGACGGAUCAAGUUUUGCACCAGAGGUGUGAAAGAACGCUGAACGUGUGGCCGCCUAGUUACCGUUACUGCAGUCUGGCUGAGGGAAACAAACGCGCAGCAAACGGCCUCGAGCCAAACCCGCGGUCCCUUAAAAUCCUUCUGAAGACGAAAUCUGGGGAAUCGCUUCACCUCGCGCUCCCGUAAGCUUUUUCCGCUACCCUUAAUGUUUGAGAAGUCGGCUUGGCGGGAAAGCCGGUACAGACACGGUGGAACCCCCCGGCGAGUUUGGGGGCUAGCCCUGCUGUAACGGUUCUGCGGGCUGAUGAUCGCGAUCUUUGAUGUGCGUUACGAUCGCUGUGCUUUAUGCUGUGUCCAUGGAGUUGCGUGCGAUCCAGCUUCAUUGCCUGUCUCGGAGUUGAAUAUCUGGAGAUCAGUUGAAGAUCCGGAGGGAUCAGUGGUUGCUACUUACGUUGGGAGAGUGUGACUUCCUGCACCCCGUAGUAGGUGGAGUUACUCGUGAACCAAUCAGAAGUCUUGGCUUUCAAUAGCAAAAAGUCUAUUUGUUGAGUUCCUAGUAACACACAAUAGCUCCACCCAUUUUGGGGCUCAGGAGUCCUUACUGUCCAACCAUUAACUGACACUGUAUGUGAGCUCAUCGAGUGGCCAAUGGCCAGUGUUCUGUAUGCUGUAGUCAUCAAACAUUCCUUCUACCUCAUCUUGUUUUCCCCGAUUCUCAAAACGCCAGAAUUGAAAAGCUCAUCGCUCUUACAUAAGCUAUUACUGCAGUUUGUCGAUAUUGAGCAGAGCUGAGUUUUGGGUUGAAAAGCUGAAUAAAAGCUGAGUUUGGAGAGCUUGGAAGCACGAGAGGAAGAGCUUAGCUGCUUCUGUGCUUUAGCGUGUCUUGCUGAAUUAGCAUUUCUCUUCGUUUCUCUGUGGUUCACAACCUUGCAAGAUUAGCUUGUGCGACAAGGAAUAUUUGUGGUACAAGCUUGAUCAAUGUCAGCCAUAUAUUUCUUAGCUCUGUUCGCUGUGCUGUCCUGCUAUUAUUUUGUUUUUUUGUUUUUUUUUGGCUGCAGAGCCAUUUUAUGAAAAGAAAUCCUUCAGUGAUCCUUUAUUUGUGUGCAGUUUUUUGUGUUUUAUUUUAUUUUUAAACUAACUGACCACAGCACAUGGGUGUAACUUUGUACCUGUUCUUUUUAUUUGAAGGAAGUAAUUUCGAUGCUGACUGAGAAGGUGCUAGGUCGUUUUUGGUCGAGGUUGUUCUUCACCGUCCACCGAAACUUGCUUUUCGCGGUCGCUGCUUUUCUUUGCUGUUUGCAAGUGCAAUUUCUCUCUCGCACUGAGAGGAACGUCCCUCUCGGUCCUGGCGUUGUUCUGUGAGGAUAACAGCUGUGCUUUUCGCAGGGAGCCAGAGCUCGUGUUUAUUAGUAUUUGUUAUGCAAACGUCACGGUUUAGCUCGGCUCCGCCCCCCUUUUGGUUCUGAACCUGACGGGAGGAUGAAUGACGGUGCACGUUUCCUCCCUGCCGGAUGGGGGCCAGUGCCCUUCAGGUUCAGGGUGAUUGGCUGUGUCACGGGUAUGUUUCCGUUGCAUCACGUAGUGUACAUUGGGUCCAGAAGGUCCACAUUACUGUUCAUUCGGUUGUCCUGCUGCGUAAGGUUGUCUUCUCACCCAAUGCUGAAGACUGACUAUGAAAUACUGUGCCAGGGACAUAGUAAUUUUGAUUUUGAAUAGGAUGUGAAUUCAUUUUACCCAGCUGUUUAAUGUGGGGGAGAGAGCAAGCAUUUCUUUCGAUUGUCAACACGAGAGUGGGACUGUGGGACGUGUAGUUCCCACUCCUGUCAGCAGGGCAUCAGCGCUUAAAACGAACGGCAUCUAAGGGGAUGCAUCUAAACGGCAUCUCACGUCCCUGACCCCAGCACUGGAGUGUCCGUCAUGUCAAAUUUACGUGUUAUAUUUCACACCCACGCCCACACAUUUAAGUUUCACCGCUGGCUUUUUAUUUUUUAAUUUUUUUGUGCAUGCUUUUGUGGGUGGGUGGGUGUGUAUGUUUGACUCGUUAGAGGAAAUGCUAGGUUAAAAAAAAGUGCAACUUAUAUUAUUUAGAUUUAAAUACACGUCGGGUGGUUUCGGGGGUAAUUCUUUGCUGUCGGUGAGGAACCCCGGAAUGAGACCCGUUGUCGUGCGGUGCGCUGGGCUUUCCACAUGGCCUCGGACGACCUGCUCGUUAAGACGGGCGAGGAGAGCUCUGCGCGUGUCGUUCUGCUGGCGAGGGAGGGCACAGCUGAGCUGAGGGGGCGUGUUCCGAGUGAAACGGCCUAUCGGCACUAACCCCCUGACCGAGUCACGUCACGCUGGCCUUUCCGACCGGCUCCUUGCUGUAGAGGAGGUUAGUGCGUGUCCUACUUGUACCCAUGUAUUUAUUAGGAAUCUGUUUGAACAGCCCAAUUGGACAGCCCGUUCUCUUUAGUCCGGCUGUGCGUCCUGUGUGUACAAAGAAGAGCAAGUUUAGUUUUUUUUUUGUUUGUUUUUUUUGGAUUGCAUGUUAAACGUAUGCGGUGUUCUGCUACGAUGCACUUUAUCUGAUCCUCUCUCAAAGCCUUGUGAAUACAUGUACAGACGAUUAAACGUUUUAGACAGAGAUUAGUUUUUUCAGAGUUAAGGAUCUGUGAGGUCAUGACAUCAUCCACGCCUUCCUCAUGCGUUUAACUGUGAAGGCAAGGGUACAGUUAUUUAUAUCUUUCUUUUGAAACCAAAAAGAGCGAUGCAUUUGUCAGACGGCCAGGGCCAGGAUUUCAGCUGUCUACGUGUAACAAAGCUACUGGGCCUCAAAAUCUAUUAACGCCAUUAAUAAAAAUAAAAAAAUGAAAUGUUUACUUUCAGAAAAUAAAAAAAAAACAAUGGGAUUCUAUGCAACGUGUUUUCCUUUUAUUUCUUUUUUCUUUUAAGCUUUAAACCUCUAGAUUUUUCCCCCACAGAAUUACACGCAGCACUUGGUUAUGGGUAACAUACAGGAGAUCAUUUAAAGUCACUGUGUUGUAAUCCUGGUGAGAGCCUCUGUAGUUCGGUGAGGCAGAAGCGUACAUAUGCGAGCUGCUGUCACAGUCUGGGAGACCUUACCGAGGGUGCGUUUUCUCACGCUGGAGUGGAAAAAAGACGGCCGCUUCUUUCCUUCGUGCGCAUGGUCUCCGUGUGGGAAGUGCCCAGGUUUGCUUGCGGUGGUAACUGUGUCCGUUGUGAAAGAUUGUGCAGCGGCGGCGAUUCGCCGGACUCGUGCAUGUAAACCGGCUCCUCUGUCCCCGCGCGAUGCGCCCCACCUGUCGUCUUUCCGAAUGGAACCGGAAGAAUAAAUGGUUUAAGAGUUAAAAUGUGAAACAUUGUACAAUUGAUGUUGUAAAUUUUGGGGGUGAGGGAGAAGAGAAUAUUUUAAGACAUAAGUGUAAAUAAAUGGAAAAAAAAUGUACAAACGAGUGCGAGCGGGAAAGAAUGGAGAAAGAAACGUGAGCAGUCUUUGAUGCAGAGACUUCUGUCUUAUCUGUGACUUGUUGAAUAAAUAUUGUGCUGUUUCUGGG